UAAAAUAUGUAGAUUUUACAUAAACACAUUAAUGGAAUCAAGGUGAAUUAGGCAGUCGUGAUUAAAGGCUUACAUCAUGAGAAAUGUUUGUACUGUUUAUCACAAAACUUGCAUCAUUGUUAUUGAUACGGGGAUAAAAUGCUUCUAGAUACUUCUAGUGUCACAAACACGUGCAAUACCAGCAUCACGCUUCCCGACGUCAUCCCUACGUUGUUGUUCUAGGUUUCGAGGUCAGUUUAGGAGUGGUCAGUAAAUAGAGGGUAUAUAACAGACAGUAGCUCCAUAAGGCAGCAUUCCUUUCACCUAUUGUGCGCCUAACUGAAUUUAAUUUGUACAUAUAACUACAGAAUAUCAGUUUAAAAUCAGGAGGUUUACGGUAUUAUUCACUAUAAGGUGAAUAUUCCACACCAUUAAUAGAGACAAUGAAGAUGGAGAGGCUGGCUGUGUUGAUGGUUGGUGUCGUGGUUCUGACAGAAGCUCGGGAGGUUUGUGACGGUAAUGUUGGUGUCCAGUGGAAGGGGGACCCCAAGGAUUGUGAUGUGUUUUACAUGUGUGUGGGAGAAGUCAUGUCACAAUUCCGUUGUCCUAAGGGAAACGUCGUGGACGUGAGCAAUAAACGAUGUGUCAAGGCGGGGUCCACCCAGGACAAGUGUUCAGAUACCAAACCAAGCUUGAGCCUCUGUCAGGGCGACAAGUCCUACCUAUCUGUGGUGACUUCCUGUGCGAAGUACAUUGACUGUCCAGCAUCCCGUAGGACUGGCUCCAUUAUAGAACGGGAGUGUCCUUACCCUCAGCUGUAUGACGAGACUACGGCAUCGUGCAAACAACCAGAGAGUGUCACAUGUGGGACCAGACGGGAGCCUAAGGAACCAUGCGACUAUGAUGUCAACAAGUGCAAGACUGCUCACUGUAUCCCUUGUCAUCUGCGCAUGCCCACCUGUGACGGAUAUCCAGAUGGACCGAACGUAUGGUCUGGAAGGGAAAGGACGCCAUUCUAUGUUGUGUGCAAAAACGAUCGAGUUAUUUCCCAGAACAGAUGUUCCGGAGAGAAACCCCAGCGAUUUGAUCCUGUACUAAAGAAGUGUGUUGACUAUACUCCUAUUAUAGUCUAAAUACCCACCCGUUAUGUACUUUUGUCAAUGUGCCAUGUUUAUAUGAGAUUGUUUGCGGUAGUUUUUUGUUGUUGUUUUCUAGAAUGCUUUAUGAUAAUUGAAUAAAUAGUUGUUGUUAUUGUUA